UCUCUAUAUAUAUAAAACAAAAUAUCCAUAUUCUACUAAACCUACAUUUUAGUGGCGGGACUGACCAAAAAUCCCUUAAAUCAAACAAACACGAGUUGGGGUCAAAAAUCUCCCAAAUAAUAGUCGUCUCGUUUCGGAAAGACAGAAAUGGAGUGGUGUAUGUCAAUGCCAAAGGUAGAACUCCAUGCUCACCUCAAUGGAUCCAUUAGAGACUCCACCCUUCUAGAACUUGCUAAAGGUUUGGGUGACAAGGGUCUCAUAGAUUUCUCCCAAGUAGAGCAUGUUGUCCUCAAAAAUGAUCGUUCAUUAUCCGAGGUAUUCAAGCUGUUUGACGUAAUCCACAUUCUUACAACUGAUCAUGCCACUGUUACAAGAAUUACCAAAGAAGUUAUUGAAGAUUUUGCGUCAGAAAACGUUGUGUAUGUGGAGUUGAGAACUACUCCAAAGAAAAAUGAGGCCAAAGGAAUGAGCAAACGCUCUUAUAUUGAAGCUGUUCUGGAAGGUCUAAGAGCCAUCAGUUCAGUUGAUGUGUGUUUUAUUCCUCACAGCGAGGAGCUAAAGAAUCAUUCAAACCCUAUUUCAAUCUCAGCCAUAAAUGAUAAAUGUAAUGAAAAUACUAGGAAAAAAAUCUUUGUUAGGCUUCUCUUAAGCAUUGAUCGUAGGGAGACAACAGAAGCAGCAAUGGAGACUGUCAUGCUUGCGCUGGAAAUGAGGCAUUUUGGGGUUGUUGGAAUUGACCUCUCUGGGAAUCCCGCUGUUGGUGAAUGGGUUACAUAUUUGCCAGCGCUAAAAUUUGCUCGAGGACAAGGUCUUUAUGUAACUCUUCACUGUGGAGAGGUACCUAAUUCAAGGGAGAUACAUGAUAUGCUUGACUUUCUUCCCGAGAGGAUUGGACAUGCAUGCUUCUUUGAGGAGGAACACUGGAAAAAGCUGAAGUCCACUAAAAUUCCGGUUGAACUUUGCUUGACAUCGAACAUUAGGACAUUGUCCGUUCCAUCAAUAGAUGCUCAUCAUUUUGUGGACUUGUAUAAAGCAAAACAUCCUGUAGUUCUGUGUACUGAUGACUCAGGUGUGUUCUCUACCAGUCUCUCCAACGAAUAUAAAAUUGCCGCUUCUUCAUUCGGCCUUGGAAGGAAAGAGAUGUUUGAGCUAUCAAAGAGUGCUGUUGAGUUUAUAUUUGCAGAUAAUACAGUAAAGGAGGAUUUGAGAAAUAUUUUUAGUUUAGCGGCAAAGAAUCUGGAGCUCUAGCCUCUAGGUACAAUUCCGUACACGGGGAUUGUGUGGACGUGUACGAGUUUACAGCGAGCUACACAACUUACUGCUGUUAUGUUAGUAGACAAUGAGUUAACUUAACAAGGUUGGAUGGGUGCUGGUACUUUAGAAUAGAUUGGAAUUGGUUCUUGGUAAAAAAAUUGUUUAUAAACCAGGCAAACAAGUGGUUAUUCUAGGAGGUUUCAGUGGCUUGUGAAUUUGGAGAUAAUCAAGCCAUUAGGCAUUAUGUAUAUUUGACCACUAUGAACUUGCUCAUAUUAUGCCAUGCAACACAACAAGAGACUUUUUUCUU